AUGGUGACUGUGGUGGAUGACGAUGGUGAUGGGGAGGGAAUGGGGAGGGAGGUGGUGACCACGAAAAAAGGCUCAGGCAGUGGAGAUGCUGAUGGGCACCUCCUCUCUCUCUUCCAGAGCGGAGAUGACGAGGAGUACCGUAGGAUUUACACCACCAAGAUCAAACCCCGGCUGAAGUCGGAGGAGGGAGUGGACGCCGAGGCCGGGGCGGGGACGCAGAGCAGAACCAUCACGGUCACCAGGAAGGUCACGGCCUACACCGUGGACGUCAGCCGGCAUGGCGGGGCCGCCGACGCCGCCAUCCCCAUCCCAGAACCAACAGGAGGGCUGAGGAUUCAUCAAGAGAGCCACAUCCCCGCCGGAGAAACUGGAAAAGCCGCCCAGAAAGGCUCCGGAGCGUUCCCGGCGCCGCCCGGGGCCGAGACCAACGGGCAGUUGGGAGAGCUGGAGGUGGCACUGCACGUCAAGGGGCCCAGGCUGGACGGCAAGGGACAAACCCCCUGUGUCCAGGGAGAGGUGGACGUGGGCAAGGUCAAGAUUCCCACCUUAAAAAUCCCCAAAUUCGGGUUCGGGGCUGGCGGGGAAGCUCCAGCCCCCCACGCGGAUGUCACCGUGCAGGUGACGGGGCCUGGAGUGUCCCCACCUUGUGACGCGGCCGGGAAGGUCCCCUCCCCUCAGCUGGACCCCGAGGGCGCCAAGGGCAAGGUCCGGAUCCCACACCUGCCCUUCCCCAAAUUCACCGCCCGGGACUCGCGGGGGGACGGCCCCGCCUUGGACGUGGCGCUGCCCGAGGGCGAAGGUCCCGCCCUCAUGAAGGGGGAGACCCCCCAGAUUUCCCUCUCCGACGUGAACUUGAGCCUGAAAGGCCCCCAGGGGAAGGGGGACCCAGGGGGGGUCACCAUCCCCAAGGUGGGGGCAGGAGGAGGAGGAGGAGGGGACCCCUCAGGACUCGGCCCCAAGGGGCUCCAGGUGGACGUGAAGGCCCCCCAGGUGGAUUUUGGGGGGCAGGUGAAGGGCCCAGACGUGGCCGUGGCCGUGAAGGGGUCGAAGGGAGAGGUCGACUUUUCCAUCCCAACCAUCGACAGCAACUUGAGAGGGCCCCAAGUGGAACUGGAGGGGGUGAAGGUGCCCGAGAUGAGCGUCAAGACCCCCCAGAUCUCCGUACCCGACAUCGACCUGAGCCUCAAAGGGCCCAAAGUGAAGGCAGACCUGGAUAUUUCUGCCCCCAAACUGGAAGGGGAGCUGAAAACCCCCGGACUCGACAUCAAAGGCCCCAAAGUCGACGUUGUCGCCCCAGACCUGGAGGUCCAGGGAGCUGAGGGCAAACUGAAGUUCCCCAAGCUGAAGAUGCCCAAGUUCGGGGUGAAGGGAGAGGCCCCCGGCGUGGAGGUGGCUCUUCCCAAGGGGGAGGUGGAUGUUUCCUGUCCCAAAAUGGACAUUUCUGGCCCCAAAGUGGACAUUUCUGGCCCCAAGGUGGACAUCGACGUCCCCAGUGUGGACAUCAAGGGCCCCAAGGUGGACAUCGAGGCCCCUGACGUCGACAUCCACGGCCCAGAGGGGAACCUGAGGGGCCCCGGGGUGAAGGUGCCCGAGAUGAGCGUCAAGACCCCCCAGAUCUCCAUGCCCGACAUCGACCUGAACCUCAAAGGGCCCAAAGUGAAGGCAGACCUGGAUGUUUCUGCCCCCAAACUGGAAGGGGAGCUGAAAACCCCCGGGCUCGACAUCAAGGGCCCCAAAGUCGACGUGGAAGGGCCCAACGUGGACAUCCAGGGAGCUGAGGGCAAACUGAAGUUCCCCAAGCUGAAGAUGCCCAAGUUUGGGGUGAAGGGAGAGGCCCCCGGCGUGGAGGUGACUCUUCCCAAGGGGGAGGUGGACGUUUCCUGCCCCAAAGUGGACGUCAAUGUCCCCAGCGUGGACAUCGAAGGGCCAGAGGUGAAAGGCAAAGGUCUCAAGUUUAAAAUGCCCGAACUGAACGUUCAGACCCCCAAACUGUCCAUGCCGGACGUGGAUCUGGGACUGAAGGCCCCAAAGCUGAAGGGGGAGGCGGGAAUUUCCCUUCCCAAGGUCUCUGGGGACCUGAAAGGCCCCAAAAUAGACGUGGAAGGUCCCAAGGUGGAUGUGAAAGGCCCCAAAAUGGACGUGAAAGGUCCCAAGGUGGACGUGGAAGUUCCCAAAAUGGACGUGGAAGGUCCCAGGGUGGACGUGGAGGUGCCCGAGGUGGACUUGGAAUGCCCGGAGGGGAAGGUGAAAGGCCCCAAGUUCAAGAUGCCCAAACUGAACCUCAAGUCGCCCAAAAUCUCGAUGCCGGACGUGGACCUGAACCUGAAGGGCCACAAAGUGAAAGGGGAGAUGGACGUUUCCCUCCCCAAGGUCGAAGGAGACCUCAAGGGCCCCAAAAUCGACGCGGAGGCCCCGGACGUCGAGCUGGAGUGUCCGGAGGCCAAACUGAAGAUGCCCAAAAUGAAGCUGCCCCAUUUCCACCUGUCAGGGCCCAAGCUGGAGGGGGCAGAGGUUGAUGUGGACCUGCCCAAGGCCGAGCUGGAGGUGUCCGGGCCGGAGGUGGACGUGGAAGGGCCGGAGGUGGAGGCGGGAGGGGCGGAGGGGAAAUGGAAAGGCCCCAAGUUCCGGAUGCCGAAGCUGAACAUCAAAACGCCCAAAAUCUCGGUGCCGGAUGUGGAUCUGAACCUGAAAGGCCCCAAAGUGAAGGGAGAGGUGGAUGUGGAAGGUCUGAAGGUGGAAGGGGACGUGAAAGGGCCGCAGGUGGACGUGAAGGGGCCAAAGGUGGAUGUCGAGGGGCCCAACCUGGACGUGGAGGGGCCCGAGGGGAAGGUGAAGGUGAAGGGCCCCAAGUUCAAGAUGCCCGAGAUGCACAUCAAGCCCCAAAAGAUCUCCUUGCCCGACGUGGACAUCAACCUGAAGGGCCCCAAGAUCAAGGGAGACGUGGAUGUGUCGGUGCCAAAGCUGGAGGGUGACCUGAAGGGCCCAGACCUGGACAUCAAGGGCCCCAAGGUGGACAUCGAGGCCCCCGACGUCGACAUUCAUGGCCCAGAGGGGAAGUUCAAGAUGCCCAAGUUCAAGAUGCCCAAGUUUGGGCUGAAGGGAGAAGGCCCCGAGGUGGACGUGACGCUGCCGACAGGAAACCUGGAUGUGUCCGGUCCCAAGGUGGACAUUGAAGGUCCAGAGGUGGACAUUGAAGGUCCCGAAGGAAAAGUGAAGGGCCCCAAGUUCAAGAUGCCCGAGAUGCAUUUUAAGACCCCCAAAAUCUCGAUGCCCGACAUUGAUUUGAACUUGAAAGGCCCCAAAGUGAAGGGAGAUGUGGAUGUGUCAGUGCCAAAGCUGGAGGGUGACCUGAAGGGCCCCGAACUGGACGUCAAGGGCCCCAAAGUCAACGUUGAGGCCCCAGAUGUUGAUAUUCAUGGUCCAGAGGGGAAGUUCAAGAUGCCCAAGUUCAAGAUGCCCAAGUUUGGGAUGCCCGGGGUCAAGGCCGAAGGGCCCGAGGUGGACGUGACGCUGCCCACAGGAAACCUGGAUGUGUCCGGUCCCAAGGUGGACAUUGAGGGUCCAGAGGUGGAUGUUGAGCUGCCCGAGGGGAAAGUGAAAGGCCCCAAGUUCAAGAUGCCCGAGAUGCACUUUAAGACCCCCAAGAUCUCGAUGCCGGAUGUCGACUUCAACCUGAAGGGCCCCAAGGUCAAAGGGGAUGUUGAUGUGUCUGUUCCCAAACUGGAAGGUGACCUGAAGGGCCCAGACAUUGACAUCAAGGGCCCCAAAGUCGAUGUUGAUCUUCCUGAUGUUGAGCUGGAAGGGCCUGAAGGGAAACUGAAGGGUCCCAAGUUCAAGAUGCCCGAGAUGAACAUCAAGGCCCCCAAAAUCUCCAUGCCCGACGUCGACUUCAACCUGAAGGGCCCCAAAGUGAAGGGAGAUGUGGAUGUGUCAGUGCCUAAACUGGAAGGUGACCUGAAGGGCCCUGACUUGGACAUCAAGGGCCCCAAGGUGGACAUCGAGGCCCCUGAUGUCGACAUUCACGGCCCGGAGGGGAAGUUCAAGAUGCCCAAGUUCAAGAUGCCCAAGUUUGGGAUGCCCGGGGUCAAGGCUGAAGGCCCUGGUGUGGAUGUGGAGCUGCCCACAGGAAACCUGGAUGUGUCCGGUCCCAAGGUGGACAUUGAGGGUCCAGAGGUGGAUGUUGAGCUGCCUGAGGGGAAGGUGAAAGGCCCCAAGUUCAAGAUGCCCGAGAUGCACUUUAAGACCCCCAAGAUCUCCAUGCCCGACAUCGACCUGAACUUGAAAGGCCCAAAAGUGAAGGGAGAUGUGGAUGUUUCUGUUCCCAAAUUGGAAGGUGACCUGAAGGGCCCAGACCUGGACAUCAAGGGCCCCAAGGUGGACAUCGAGGCCCCUGAUGUCGACAUUCACGGCCCGGAGGGGAAGUUCAAGAUGCCCAAGUUCAAGAUGCCCAAGUUUGGGCUGAAGGGAGAAGGCCCCGAGGUGGACGUGGCGCUGCCCAAGGGGGACAUCGACGUUUCCCUGCCCAAGGUGGACGUGGAGAUGCCAAGUGUGGAUGUUGAGCUGCCCGAGGGGAAGGUGAAGGGCCCCAAGUUCAAGAUGCCCGAGAUGAACAUCAAGGCCCCCAAGAUCUCGAUGCCCGACAUCGACCUGAACCUGAAGGGCCCCAAAGUGAAGGGGGGGGUUGAUGUCUCUGUUCCCAAACUGGAGGGUGACCUGAAAGGUCCGGAUGUGAAUAUUAAAGGUCCGAGGGUCGAUGUCGACGUUCCCGACGUUGACCUUGAAGGCCCCGAUGGGAAAUGGAAAGGGCCCAAGAUAAAAAUGCCGGAGAUGAACAUCAAGGCCCCGAAAUUUUCCAUGCCCGACAUCGACCUCAACUUGAAAGGCCCCAAACUGAAGGGGGAUGUGGAUGUUUCUGCCCCAAAAAUAGAGGGUGAGGUGAAAGUGCCAGAGGUGGAGUUGAAAGGACCCAAAGUAGAUGUGGAUGUUCCUGACGUGGAACUCGAGCUGCCAGAGGGGAAGGUGAAGGGCCCCAAGUUCAAGAUGCCCGAGAUGAACAUCAAGGCCCCCAAAAUCUCCAUGCCAGACUUUGACCUGAACCUGAAGGGCCCCAAAGUGAAGGGGGACGUGAACGUGUCCCUUCCCAAGCUGGAGGGAGACCUGAAAGGCCCUGACGUUGAAAUCAAGGGCCCCAAAGUUGACGUCGACCUUCCCGACGUUGAUCUGGAAGGACCUGAAGGAAAAUUGAAGGGCCCCAAGUUCAAGAUGCCCGAAAUGCAUUUUAAAGCCCCCAAAAUCUCCAUGCCAGACUUUGACCUGAACCUGAAGGGCCCCAAAGUUAAGGGGGAUGUGGACGUGUCAGUCCCGAAAAUUGAAGGUGAUUUGAAGGGCCCAGAACUCGACAUCAAGGGCCCCAGAGUGGAUGUCAACGUCCCCGACAUCGACCUGGAGUGUCCAGAAGCGAAGCUGAAGGGCCCCAAGUUCAAGAUGCCCGAGAUGCACUUCAAGACCCCCAAAAUCUCCAUGCCCGACAUCGAUUUGAACCUCAAAGGCCCCAAACUCAAGGGGGACGUCGAUGUUUCCGUCCCCAAACUGGAGGGGGACCUGAAGGGCCCCGAGGUGGAGUUGAAAGGCCCCAAACUGGACAUUGAAGCUCCUAACGUGGACAUUGAGCUGCCAGAGGGGAAGGUGAAGGGCCCCAAGUUCAAGAUGCCCGAAAUGCACUUCAAGGCGCCCAAAAUCUCCAUGCCCGACUUCGAUCUGAACCUGAAGGGCCCCAAAGUGAAGGGGGACGUCGAUGUGUCCCUGCCCAAGCUCGAAGGGGACCUGAAGGGGCCGGAGGUUUCACUGAAAGGCCCCAAAGUGGACGUCGAGGCUCCAGACAUUGAGCUGGAAUGUCCAGAGGGGAAGAUCAAGGGCCCCAAGUUCAAGAUGCCCGAGAUGAACAUCAAGGCCCCCAAAAUCUCCAUGCCGGACUUUGACCUGAACCUGAAGGGCCCCAAAGUCAAGGGAGAUGUGGAUGUUUCCCUUCCCAAACUGGAAGGUGACUUGAAAGCCCCAGACAUCGACAUCAAAGGCCCCAAAAUCGACGUUGAUCUCCCCGAUGUUGAACUGGAAGGGCCUGAGGGGAAGAUCAAGGGCCCCAAGUUCAAGAUGCCCGAGAUGAACAUCAAGGCCCCCAAAAUCUCCAUGCCCGACAUCGACCUGAACCUGAAGGGUCCCAAACUGAAGGGAGAUGUGGAUGUUUCUGUUCCCAAACUGGAAGGUGACCUGAAGGGCCCUGACUUGGAAAUCAAGGGCCCCAAGGUGGACAUCGAGGCCCCUGAUGUCGACAUUCACGGCCCAGAGGGGAAGUUCAAGAUGCCCAAGUUCAAGAUGCCCAAGUUUGGGCUGAAGGGAGAAGGCCCCGAGGUGGACGUGGCGCUGCCCAAGGGGGACGUCGACGUUUCCCUGCCCAAGGUGGACGUGGAGAUGCCAAGUGUGGAUGUUGAGCUGCCCGAGGGGAAGGUGAAGGGCCCCAAGUUCAAGAUGCCCGAGAUGCACUUUAAGACCCCCAAGAUCUCGAUGCCCGACAUCGACCUGAACCUGAAGGGCCCCAAGAUCAAGGGAGACGUCGAUGUGUCUGUUCCCAAAUUGGAAGGUGACCUGAAGGGCCCAGACAUUGACAUCAAGGGCCCCAAAGUCAACGUUGAUCUCCCUGAUGUUGAGCUGGAAGGGCCUGAGGGGAAGAUCAAGGGCCCCAAGUUCAAGAUGCCCGAGAUGCACAUCAAGGCCCCCAAAAUCUCCAUGCCUGACGUCGACUUCAACCUGAAGGGCCCCAAGAUCAAAGGAGAUGUGGAUGUGUCAGUCCCUAAACUAGAAGGUGACUUGAAAGGCCCUGAGCUGGACAUCAAGGGCCCCAAGGUGGACAUCGAGGCCCCUGACGUCGACAUUCACGGCCCAGAAGGCAAAAUCAAGUUCCCCAAGUUCAAGAUGCCCAAAUUUGGAGUCCCCGGUUUCAAAGCAGAGGGGCCCGAGGUGGACGUGACGCUGCCCACAGGAAACCUGGAUGUGUCCGGUCCCAAGGUGGACAUUGAGGGUCCAGAGGUGGAUGUUGAGCUGCCCGAGGGGAAAGUGAAAGGCCCCAAGUUCAAGAUGCCCGAGAUGCACAUCAAGGCCCCCAAAUUCUCCAUGCCUGAUGUCGACAUCAACCUGAAGGGCCCCAAAUUGAAAGGGGACAUCGAUGUUUCUGUUCCAAAACUUGAAGGAGAUUUGAAGGGCCCAGAUAUUGAUAUCAAGGGGCCCAAAGUCAACGUUGACCUUCCCGACGUUGAGCUGGAAGGGCCUGAGGGGAAGAUCAAGGGCCCCAAGUUCAAGAUGCCCGAGAUGCACAUCAAGGCCCCCAAAAUCUCCAUGCCCGACAUUGAUUUCAACCUAAAAGGUCCCAAGGUCAAGGGAGAUGUGGACGUGUCUCUGCCCAAGAUGGAAGGAGAUUUAAAGGGCCCAGACAUUGAUAUCAAAGGCCCCAAAGUCGAUGUUGACCUUCCAGAUGUUGAGCUGGAAGGGCCUGAGGGGAAGAUCAAGGGCCCCAAGUUCAAGAUGCCCGAGAUGCACUUUAAGACCCCCAAAAUCUCCAUGCCCGACAUCGACUUGAACCUGAAAGGCCCCAAAGUGAAGGGAGAUGUGGAUGUUUCUCUUCCCAAGAUGGAAGGAGAUUUAAAGGGUCCAGAUAUUGAUAUCAAGGGACCCAAAGUCAACGUUGACCUUCCCGAUGUUGAGCUGGAAGGGCCUGAGGGAAAGGUGAAGGGCCCCAAGUUCAAGAUGCCCGAGAUGCACAUCAAGGCCCCCAAGUUCUCCAUGCCCGACGUCGACUUCAACCUGAAGGGCCCCAAAGUCAAAGGGGACGUUGAUGUUUCUCUCCCCAAGCUGGAGGGGGACCUGGAUAUCAAGGGCCCCAAGGUGGACAUCGAGGCCCCUGAUGUCGACAUUCACGGCCCGGAGGGGAAGUUCAAGAUGCCCAAGUUCAAGAUGCCCAAGUUUGGGAUGCCCGGGGUCAAGGCCGAAGGGCCCGAGGUGGACGUGACGCUGCCCACAGGAAACCUGGAUGUGUCCGGUCCCAAGGUGGACAUUGAGGGUCCAGAGGUGGAUGUUGAGCUGCCCGAGGGGAAGGUGAAAGGCCCCAAGUUCAAGAUGCCCGAGAUGCACAUCAAGGCCCCCAAAUUCUCCAUGCCUGACGUCGACUUCAACCUGAAGGGCCCCAAGAUCAAGGGUGAUGUCGAUGUGUCUGUUCCCAAACUGGAAGGUGACCUGAAGGGCCCAGACAUUGACAUCAAGGGCCCCAAAGUCGAUGUUGAUCUUCCUGAUGUUGAACUGGAAGGGCCUGAGGGGAAGAUCAAGGGCCCCAAGUUCAAGAUGCCCGAGAUGCACAUCAAGGCCCCCAAAUUCUCCAUGCCCGACGUCGACUUCAACCUGAAGGGCCCCAAGAUCAAGGGAGAUGUGGAUGUGUCAGUGCCUAAACUGGAAGGUGACCUGAAGGGCCCUGACUUGGACAUCAAGGGCCCCAAGGUGGACAUCGAGGCCCCUGACGUCGACAUUCACGGCCCAGAAGGCAAAAUCACGAUGCCCAAGUUCAAGAUGCCCAAGUUUGGGUUUUCUGGCCCCAAAGUUGAAGGCCCCGAGGUGGACCUGAGCCUGCCCGACGCCGACCUCUCUGUUUCGGGUCCGAAGGUCGAUGUUUCCCUCCCCGACCUGGAGGUGGAAGGGCCCGAAGGAAAACUGAAGGGCCCCAAAUUCAAGAAGCCAGAGCUGCAGUUCAACGUCCCCAAAAUCUCCAUGCCUGACAUCGACCUCAACCUGAAGGGCCCCAAAGUCGAGGGGGAGCUGAAAGGCCCCAAGUUGGACAUCAAAGGGCCGGAGCUCGAGGUCGAGGGGCCGAAGGUGGACCUGGAAGGAAAAGCUAAAAAAUCCCGCUUCAAACUCCCCAAAUUCGGCUUUUCCGGCCCCAAAGUGCAGAGCCCCGAGGUGGAUGUGAAGCUGAAGAAACCCGAGGUGGAUGUUUCCGGCCCCAAGGUCGAGGUCCAGGCUCCGGAUCUGGAUGUCCAGGCCAAAUCCAAAGGCUCCAAGUUCAAGAUGCCUUUCCUGAACAUUUCCUCCCCCAAAGUGUCGAUGCCGGACGUGGAACUGAACCUGAAAGGGCACAAAAUGAAAGGGGAGCUGGACCUGUCCGGCCCCAAACUGGAAGGGGAGCUGAAGGGCCCCGACGUGGACAUCAAGGGCCCCAAGGUGGACGUGGAAGGCCCUGAGGUGGAUGUUGAAGGCCCUGAGGGGAAGAUCAAAGGCCCCAAGUUCAAGAUGCCCGAGAUGAACAUCAAGGCCCCCAAAAUCUCCAUGCCCGACAUCGACCUGAACCUGAAGGGCCCCAAAGUGAAGGGGGAUGUGGACGUGUCCCUCCCCCAGGUGGACCUGAAGGGCCCCAAAGUGGAGGUGGAAGGUCCCGACCUCGACGUCGAAGGCCCCAAAGGAAAAAUCAAAGGCCCCAAGUUCAAGAUGCCUGAGAUGAACAUCAAAGCCCCCAACCUGUCCAUGCCAGACCUGGAUUUGAACCUGAAGGGUCCCAAACUGAAAGGGGGGGUGGACGUCGAUCUGUCGGUGCCAAAACUCGAGGGGGAUGUGACGCUGCCGGACGUCGACAUCAAAGGCCCCAAAGUGGACAUUGAGGGUCCAGAACUGGACAUUGAUGGGCCUGAGGGGAAGGUGAAGGGCCCCAAGUUCAAGAUGCCUGAGAUGCACAUCAAGGCCCCCAAGUUCUCCAUGCCUGACGUCGACUUCAACCUGAAGGGCCCCAAAGUGAAGGGAGAUGUGGAUGUGUCCCUGCCCAAGAUGGAAGGCGACUUAAAGGGCCCUGACAUUGACAUCAAAGGCCCCAAGGUGGACAUCGAGGCCCCUGACGUCGACAUUCACGGCCCGGAGGGGAAGUUCAAGAUGCCCAAGUUCAAGAUGCCCAAGUUUGGGAUGCCCGGGGUCAAGGCCGAAGGGCCCGAGGUGGACGUGACGCUGCCCACAGGAAACCUGGAUGUGUCCGGUCCCAAGGUGGACAUUGAGGGUCCAGAGGUGGAUGUUGAGCUGCCCGAGGGGAAGGUGAAAGGCCCCAAGUUCAAGAUGCCCGAGAUGCACUUUAAGACCCCCAAAAUCUCCAUGCCCGACAUCGACCUGAACUUGAAAGGCCCCAAAGUGAAGGGAGAUGUGGAUGUGUCAGUGCCAAAGCUGGAGGGCCCAGACAUUGACAUCAAGGGCCCCAAAGUUGAUGUUGACCUUCCAGACGUCGACUUGGAAGGACCUGAAGGAAAACUGAAGGGCCCCAAGUUCAAGAUGCCCGAGAUGCACUUCAAGGCCCCCAAAAUCUCCAUGCCCGACUUUGACCUGAACCUGAAGGGCCCCAAAGUGAAGGGGGAUGGCCCCAAAGUGAAGGGAGAUGUGGAUGUGUCCCUUCCCAAGGUGGAAGGUGACCUGAAAGGUCCUGAAAUAGACAUUAAAGGCCCCAAAGUCGAUGUUGACCUUCCUGAUGUUGAGCUGGAAGGGCCUGAAGGGAAACUGAAGGGCCCCAAGUUCAAGAUGCCCGAGAUGAACAUCAAGGCUCCCAAAAUCUCGAUGCCUGAUGUUGACUUCAACCUGAAGGGCCCCAAAGUGAAGGGAGAUGUGGAUGUGUCAGUGCCUAAACUGGAAGGUGACCUGAAGGGCCCUGACUUGGACAUCAAGGGCCCCAAGGUGGACAUCGAGGCCCCUGACGUCGACAUUCACGGCCCGGAGGGGAAGUUCAAGAUGCCCAAGUUCAAGAUGCCCAAGUUUGGGAUGCCCGGGGUCAAGGCUGAAGGCCCUGGUGUGGAUGUGGAGCUGCCCACAGGAAACCUGGAUGUGUCCGGUCCCAAGGUGGACAUUGAGGGUCCAGAGGUGGAUGUUGAGCUGCCCGAGGGGAAGGUGAAAGGCCCCAAGUUCAAGAUGCCCGAGAUGCACUUUAAGACCCCCAAGAUCUCCAUGCCCGACAUCGACUUGAACUUGAAAGGCCCCAAAGUGAAGGGAGAUGUGGAUGUGACUCUGCCCAAGAUGGAAGGAGAUUUAAAGGGCCCAGACAUUGACAUCAAAGGACCUAAAGUCAAUGUUGAUCUUCCUGAUGUUGAGCUGGAAGGGCCUGAGGGGAAGAUCAAGGGCCCCAAGUUCAAGAUGCCCGAGAUGCACAUCAAGGCCCCCAAAAUCUCCAUGCCCGACGUCGACUUCAACCUGAAGGGCCCCAAGAUCAAAGGAGACAUGGAUGUGUCAGUCCCUAAACUAGAAGGUGACUUGAAAGGCCCUGAGCUGGACAUCAAGGGCCCCAAGGUGGACAUUGAGGCCCCUGAUGCUGACAUUCACGGCCCAGAAGGCAAAAUCAAGUUCCCCAAGUUCAAGAUGCCCAAAUUUGGAGUCCCCGGUUUCAAAGCAGAGGGGCCCGAGGUGGACGUGACGCUGCCCACAGGAAACCUGGAUGUGUCCGGUCCCAAGGUGGACAUUGAGGGUCCAGAGGUGGAUGUUGAGCUGCCCGAGGGGAAAGUGAAGGGCCCCAAGUUCAAGAUGCCCGAGAUGCACAUCAAGGCCCCCAAAAUCUCGAUGCCGGACCUGGAUCUGAACCUGAAGGGCCCCAAGGUCAAGGGGGAUGUUGACGUGACCCUGCCAGGGGUCGAGGGUGAACUGAAGGGUCCCCAGGUCAGCGUCGCCGCCCCCGAUGUCCACGUGGACAGCCCGGAGGGCAAAUUCAAACUCCCCAAAUUCAAGAUGCCCAAAUUUUCUAUGCCCGGGUUCAAAGGGGAGGGGCCGGAGGUGGACGUGACCCUCCCCAAGGGCGACCUCGAGGUGGACGUGGAGGCUCCUGAUCUGAGCGUGGACGGGAAGGUCAAAGGUCCCAAAUUCUCCCUGCCCGAGGUGAACGUCAAGGCCCCCAAAAUCUCCGUGCCCGACGUCGACUUCAACAUCAAAGGCCCCCACCUGAAAGGGGACGUCGACCUCUCGGCCCCCGGGCUGGGGGGGGACCUCCAAGCCCCCCAGAUCGACCUCAAAGGCCCCAAAAUCGACCUUGAGGCUCCCGACGUGACCCUGGAAGGGCCUGAGGGGAAACUCAAGGGCCCCAACUUCAAGAUGCCCGAGAUGAACAUCAAGGCCCCCAAAAUCUCCAUGCCUGACGUCGACUUCAACCUGAAGGGUCCCAAGGUCAAGGGAGACCUGAGCGUGGAGGGGAACCUGCAGGGCCCGGACCUCGACCUCAAAGGCCCCAAACUGGACGUUGGGGCCCCCGAGGUGACCGUGGAAGGACCCAAGAUCAAGAUGCCCGAGAUGCACCUCAAGACCCCCCAGAUCUCCAUGCCUGACAUUGACUUGAACUUGAAGGGCUUGAAGGGCAAAGGCGACGCCGAAUUCCACGGCCCGAAGCUCGAGGGGAGUUUGAAGGGUCCCGAGGUCGACAUCAAGGCUCCCAAAGUCGACAUCAAGGCUCCCAAGGUCGAUAUUGAGGGCCCGGCGGUCGACGUCGAUGGGCUGGAGGGGAAAGUGAAGCUGCCCAAAAUGAAAAUGCCCAAAUUCGGCUUCAAGGGGGAAGGCCCCGAGGUGGACGUGGACUUGCCGAAGGCCGAGGCCGAGCUCUCGGGCCCCAGGGUGGAGCUCGGCGUCCCCGAGGUGAGCCUGGAGGGCCCCGAGGGAAAAGUGAAGGGCCCGAAGCUGAAAAUGCCCGAAAUGCACGUGAACGUCCCCAAAAUCUCCAUGCCCGAGAUAGACUUGAACCUGAAAGGCCACAAAACCAAGGGGGGCUUUGACCUUUCCCCCCCUAAGGUGGAAGGUCACCUGAAAGGGCCUGAGGUCGACCUGAAAGGGCCGGAAUUGGGGGUCAAAGGCCCCGAAGUGGAGGUGGAAUGUCCCGACCUGAGCGUGGAGGGCCCCGAGGCCAACGUCAAACUCCCCAAGUUCAAGAAGUCCAAGUUCGGGUUCGGGAUGAAGAGCCCGAAGGCCGACGUGGAUCUCCCCGAGGCGGAGCUGAGCCUGGAGCCCCCCGAGGCCAACCUGUCGGCCAAGGGCAAGAAGAGCAAGUUCAAGAUGCCCAAAAUCCACAUGAGCGGCCCCAAAGUGAAGGGCAAGAAGGGGGCGUUCGACGUGACGGCGGCCGGGGCCGAGCUGGACGGGGAGCUCGGCGUGGCCGGCCCCGACGCCGCCGUCAAGUCCCCCAAGGGGAAGAAGCCCAUGUUUGGCAAGAUCUCCUUCCCAGACGUCGAGUUCGACCUGAAAUCGCACCGGUUCCGAGGGGAGGUGUCCGGGGGGGUCCCCAAAGCGGAGGGGGAGCUCCGAGCACCGGGCCUGGAGGUCUCCAUGCCCGCGGUGGAGGGGUCAGGGCUCGGUGUGGACGUGGAAGUUCCUGACGUGAACCUGAAGGCCCCGAAGCUCAAAAUCCCCGGGGGGCAGGUGGGUGUGGGGGACGGGAAGGUCGGGGGGGACCUGAAGGGGGUCGAGGUGCCGGAGUUGAGCCUGAGAGGACCAAAAGUGAAAGGGGAAAUCGGCUUUUCUGGAGCAGAACUGGAAGGCCCCGAGGGAAAAGUGGGGUGGCCCAAAGGAGGGAAAGGGGGAGUGGGGCUGGAAAUGCCGGGGGUGAGCUUGGAUGUGCCCGGGACUGACGUGAAGCUCAGAGGGCCCCAAAUCUCCGGCCCGGAGCUUGAGGGGAACCUGAAAGGACCAAAGUUGAAGGGAGAGUUGGAUGUCUCGGGCUCCGUGGAAGGGCCCAGAGUUGACCUGGGAGGUUUAGGGGGGAAGGUGAAGCUGCCGAAGGGGGGCGUUUCCUGCUCUGUCCCAAAAGUGGAGGUGGGCUCCCAGUCCCCCGGGGCCGACCUCGCCCUCUCCGCCCCGGAUCUGGAUGUCAGCCUGAAAGGACCAAAGUUGAAAGGAGAUUUGGGCGCCAAAUCCCCAGAGACGUCGGCGGGCGACGCCGACUUCGAGAUCCUGGGGGGCACCAUCAAACUCCCGUCCCUGAAGCUGCCCCAGUUCGGCGUCUCCGGCCCCGGCAUGGAGGGAGGGGACGUGGCCGUGGCUCUGGAAGGCCCCCAGGCCAAGGGGGGGCUGAAGGGCUCCUCUGUGGGGCUGGAAGGGCCCGACGUCGACCUGAGGCUGAAGGGACCGAGCGUGGACGUGUCCGGCGACAUCAAAGCCCCGAAGGUCGGCCUGGAGUCCCCUCGGGCCGAGCUGGAGGUUUCGGGCUCAGGCUUGAACGUCAACGCCAAAGGGCCGAAGGUGAAGGUCGGGGGCGAGGCCGGCGGCGGGACCUUCCACCUCUGCGGCCCCAGGGUGGGCACGGCAGGGCCCGAGGGCGGCCAGGUCAGGGUGUCCUUCCCCAAGCUGCGGAUGCCCAAAUUCGUCUUCUCCGACGCCGAGGCCAAGGGCCGGGAGGUGGGAGUGGACGUCGAGUUCCCCGCGGCCGACGUGGCGGCCGAGCCGGAGCCGGACGAGGCCGAGGGGCGGCUCAAGAAAUCCAAACUCAAGAUGCCCAAGUUCAACUUCUCCAAGCAGAAAGGGCGGGCGGGCGGCGGAGGCGCCCCCGGCUCCCCCGAGGCCUCGGGGUCCGUCUCGGGGUCCCGGGGGGACCUGAAGAGCUCCAAGGCCAGCCUGGGCUCGGCCGAGGGCGACGCCGAGGCCGAGGCGCCGUCGGCCAAGGGGAAAUUCUCCCUGUUCCGGCCCAGGAAGCAGCGGCCGCGCUCGUCGUCCUUCAGCGACGACGCCUCGGCCUCGCGGGGCCCGGCGGGAGAGCCCAGGGCGCCCAAGGUGAAAUUCGGGACCUUCGGGGGCAUCGGCUCCAAGAGCAAAGGUUGUUACGAG